AUGAAGUUCGUUUCAAAGGAAAGAAUCAAGAUCCUCUUAUUAGCACUCUUUAUGUUUCUGGUACUCCUCUCAACCAAGGUGGACUGCCAGCUGAUGCCACGGCCAUUCCGCCCGGUACCACCACCAAAUCCAGUUACUCAACGCUCAGUCUGUUCCUCCCAAUUCAAUCUUGUAAACUAUGCAUGUGCAAUGCUGCCAUACAGCCAGGCGCCACCUCUCCCACCUCCCCAACUUACCCCCUUCCCUUCGCAUGAUGAUAAUUCAGGCCAUGGACAUAGACACAGACACAGACACAGACACAGGCACAGGCACAGGCGCGAUCAUGGAUCACCAGCAACACCAGAGGAAGAGAACUGUUGCCGCUGGUUGAAGAACGUAGACAAUGAGUGUGUCUGUGACUUGCUGGUUCGUUUACCUAUUUUCCUUGCCAGGCCUGUGCACGAGUACACUGUCAUUGUUGAUGACUCCUGCAAUGUUACUUACACUUGCCCGGGGCGCCUAAUAACAUAA